AUGGAGGACGCAACAGAUCGAUCUUUACUCCGCACGCAGGGGCGCGCAUCUCGCAAACGCGUCGCGCCCAUCAUUCCAGUUCUGGCUUUGUGUCUGUUUGUCAAUCUCGCCAUGAGCCUCUAUCAACUCCCGUCAAAUCGACUGAUUGAAAGACGCCUUUGUAUUGAUUACUAUCGCCGCACUGAUCCGUCGCAAAUUCAGCCCGAUGGUAGCCUGGAUGAGAAGCUAUGUAAAAUUCGCGAAAUACAGAAGGACCUGGGGCGUAUCCAAGGCGUAAUGGAAACGCUUUGGGUCGCGGGAGAUUUCGCCAUGACUAUUCCCCUCAGCUUUCUGGCUGAGAAAUGGGGCCGUCGCGCUAUUCUCCGGCUCAACCUUCUUUCUCGUGGCUUUAUGUUGCUAUGGGCUGUUGUGGUGGGAAGCUUCGACGCUUCGCUUCCAACGAGGGCUAUCAUAGCCGGUCCAGUUCUGUCAAUUCUUGGUGGAGACUGCGUUUUCAACUCUCUUACUUAUAAUCUGGCCUCGAAUCUCACAGAUGAUCAUGUGCAACGUGCCAUAUACUUUGGAUAUAUGAGUUCUGUCUCGUAUGUUGUGGCGCUUCUUGGCCCAGCACUUGCCUCAUCGACCAUGACCUUAUCACUGUGGUUGCCCUUUUGGUUAGGCCUCAUAUUGCUCUUAUCGGCGAUACCAAUCAUACAAUUGUUGCCUUCGCCGAAUGAGCUUGAUGGGGAUGGGGAUGAUCUUGAUGAAGAGCAGCAUGAACCUCUUCUAUCAUCGCCCCUUCUUAAGGCCCAAGAUGACCAAAACUCUCUUCUUCACUCGAUUAAAGAGCGACUGCAGACCAUCAAGACUAUUAUCAGUAGCCACUCAAGGAACUUCACAUUGUUGCUUUUUAGCUUCUGGCUCACGUCGCUUGCCAGCUCAGACACAAAGCUUCUUGUUCAGUACAUCUCCGCCCGCUACAAUUGGACGUUUGCUUCUGCUGGAUAUCUUUUAUCUGGCAAGGCAGUCGUCAAUUUCACGUUACUUACAGUUAUCAUCCCCAAGCUACUCCGAUCUGCUCGUGAGGUACAACAGGCAGACUCCACUGAGGCAGUAGACAAGUCAAAUAUUCGGAAUGCCAUGUACUGUCUUCUCGUCUCAGUAUUCGGCGCUGUUGGAAUUGCCAUUGCGGGCAGAAUCUGGAUGCUGAUUCCGUCGAUGUUUGUCUACGCUCUUGGAUCUGCACUGCCCAUCUUUACCCUAUCGCUUCUCAAGUCGCCCGCUAUAUCACCCCCCCACACAGAGAACUCAGAAAGCACUUCUGACCCGGAAUCUCACAUAUUCUCCAUUGUUAUGUUGGUCAAAACCGCCGGAUCUCUUCUGGGUGCGCCCCUGAUGGCUGCACUUUGGGUUCGUGGUUUGGACAUUGGUGGAGCAGCGAUGGGCAUGCCCUUCUUUAUCAGCGCACCGUGCUAUACUGUAGCUAUAUGGGUGUUCACGGAGAUGAAAGUGGGCUAA